GUAAUGCUAUGCACAGCAAACCAAGGUCAGAGCCCGGAUUAUCUGUUUGAAUACUGUAGUGGCAGUCGGGGAAGUAGCAGGGAAUCUAUAAUGAUUUAUAGACUAUCACAGCUGCAUAGUUUAUGAGAGACAUCUGCAUUGACUACCAGCUUGUGAUUCCUCUCUGCUCCAGAGGUGAGGAGUCUCUCUCUCUCUCUCUCUCUCUCUCUCUCUCUCUCUCUCUCUCUCCCUCUCUCUCUCUCUCCCUCUCCCUCUCUCUCUCUCCAGCUGACCAGUGAGAAGAGCAGGCAGCAGGUUGUAGUUACCCUCAGGGCCCUCUCUUUGUUGACAGCCAGUUUUGACAUAUUCCCAGGAUUAGUGGCUCUGUCAACAUGAUGCCACUGGCUCCUUAAAAUAGAGAUAGACGGACAGUCAGGAAAACAAAACGGUGGCUGUGCACCACUAUAGGCUCAAAGAUUCACUGAGUCUGACCCAGAUCCAUGCAGAGAGAGAGAGAGAGAGAGAGAGAGAGAGAGUCUCUAGCCAGCAAACCUGUACUGUGCCUCACUGAUCCCAGCGGAAGAGACUCCCCCUGAGAUUGCUUGAGAAGACGUGCAACACCCACAGACAUGGCUGUGAGCGCCGCGGAAGACAUGCCUCGUCAGUUCCCGAAGGUCACCCUAAGUGAGGCGGAUGAGGAGAUGCGACUGCUGGCAGAGAAGGUAUUUGCGUCGGCGCUGAAGGAAGAGGACAACAAAGAUGCUCUAUCGAUGUUCACGGUGCCUGAGGACUGUCCAAUCGGCCUCCAGCAAGCCAAGGAGCACGAGCUACUCAAGGAGCUGGCAGAGGAACAGUCAGAAGAGAGUGCCAAGAGAAAGAAGAGUUUAAAGAUGAUCCGGUCCCAGUCAAUGUCCCUGCAGAUUCCAGUGAAUGCAGAUUGGACGCGGCCAGUGGCGGCAACCCCGUUCCUGUCCCCCAGCUCGACCUGCUCUUCUGUGCCAGAGAUCUGCCCUGAGUAUCAGAGGGUCACUAUCAGUGGAGAUUACUGUGCUGGAAUCACAGUGGAAGACUAUGAGCAGGCUGCUAAAAGUCUUCUUAAGGCUCUCUUUAUUCGCGAGAAAUAUUCAAAAUUAGCUUACCACAGAUUCUGCAGAACCACAGCACAGUUCCUCCGCAGUGCUGAGACCGUCAGAUGGAAGGAGGAAGAUGAGAUUCUACCAGAGAUAUGUCCAUGCCCAAGGGAGGGAGAGGAUCCCUACAGCAUGGAGGACAUCCCAUUGAACCUAAACUAUGAACUGAGGAUGAAGGAUGGAAUCAUCUAUGUAUAUGACAAUGCAGAGGCUCUAAGAGAAAACCGACCGCACAACCUUCCCUACCCGGACUUGGAGACCUUUGCCAUAGACCUCAGCCAUGUGUUGGCCAUGAUUGCAGAUGGACCCACGAAGACCUAUUGUCACAGACGACUAAACUUUUUGGGUUCAAAGUUCUACCUCCAUGAGAUGCUCAAUGAGAUGGCUGAGCUGAAGGAACUGAAAAGUGUGCCUCACAGAGAUUUUUACAAUGUUAGAAAGGUGGACACGCAUAUCCAUGCUGCUGCCUGCAUGUCUCAGAAGCAUCUGCUGACCUUCAUCCAGGAGACCUACAAGACUGAGGCAGACUGUGUGGUGCUGGAAAAGGCUGGGCAAAGGAUGACUCUCAAGCAGGUGUUCGACAGCCUUAAUAUGGAUCCCUAUGACCUUACCGUGGACUCUCUGGAUGUACACGCUGGGAGACAAACCUUCCACCGCUUUGACAAGUUCAAUUCAAAGUACAAUCCAGUGGGAGCCAGUGAACUCAGAGAAAUCUACCUGAAAACAGAUAACCUCAUCAAUGGAGAGUAUUUUGCUCGUAUUAUUAAGGAAGUGGCACAUGAUCUGGAGGAGAGUAAGUACCAGCAUGCAGAGCCACGCCUGUCCAUCUACGGACGCUCCCCAGAUGAAUGGGACAGCCUAGCCAAGUGGUUUAUCCAGCACAAAGUCCACUCGCCAAACAUGAGGUGGAUCAUUCAAGUACCAAGAAUAUAUGAUAUUUUCAAGUCUAAGAAGUUGGUACCGAAUUUUGCCAAGAUGCUGGAGAACAUAUUCCUGCCUCUGUUCGAGGCCACGGUUAAUCCACAGAAGCACAAAGAACUCCACGUGUUCCUCAAAUAUGUGACUGGCUUCGACAGCGUGGAUGAUGAGUCCAAACAUAGCCAUCACAUGUUCUCCUACAAGAGCCCAAAGCCAGAGCAGUGGACCACAGAUGACAACCCUCCUUACAGCUACUACCUCUUCCAUAUGUAUGCAAACAUCAUGGUCCUCAACAAUCUCAGGAAAGAACAUGGCCUGAGCACCUUCCAGUUCCGUCCCCACUGCGGAGAAGCAGGAUCCAUCACCCACCUGGUCUCUGCCUUCCUCACAGCUGACAACAUCUCACAUGGACUCAAUUUAAAGAAGAGCCCUGUGCUGCAGUACCUCUACUACCUGGCCCAAGUGCCAAUUGCGAUGUCUCCACUCAGCAACAAUAGCCUGUUCCUAGAAUACUCCAAAAACCCUCUCCGAGAAUUCCUGCACAAGGGCCUGCGUGUCUCCCUGUCGACAGAUGACCCCAUGCAGUUCCACUACACCAAGGAAGCAUUAAUGGAGGAGUAUGCCAUUGCAGCUCAGCUGUGGAAGCUCAGCACCUGCGAUGUCUGCGAAAUAGCCAGGAACAGUGUUCUGCAAAGUGGCCUGUCUCACCAGGAUAAGAAGCACUUCUUAGGAGUGAACUACCUGAAAGAUGGACCUGAGGGGAAUGAUAUCAGGCGGACCAACGUAGCCCAGAUCCGCAUGGCCUACAGACAUGAGACACUGUGCAAUGAACUUAGCUUCUUAGUGGAUGCAGUGAAGUCUGAAGCAGUAAACUGCCAGCAUGAGCAAAAUGGACCACACAUCAGACAGAAUCCAAGCAUGCCGACCUCUCAGUAGGUUACGUAUACAUUAAUGUAUAAAAAAUCUCAGUGGCUACAAUUAAAGAGAUAACAUCUAAUGUUGUAUGAGUACCAAAUGAGUUUGAACAGAUAAACAGCCAUGGCUGUGUAAACACCUACAACUUGGUCUGUGCUAGCUGGAGGUAAAUAUGAAUGUGUGCAAAAUAUGUGCAUAUACUUGCCACAGCAUGUUUACUCUUUAUAAACAAUCAUACCUUACACUCAAUUCUGUUAGAGGGCUUAUGGCUUGAGGUUUUUCAUUUACUGUAUAUACCAAACAUGUGCACUAAUGGGUGGUCAGAGCUGCUGAGUGGAGAUUGCCACAGUGUUUACUGCAGGGAGAGGCAGAUACUUUAGCAUAGGUGAAUAAUGUCUUGAACAUUUCUUCUGUCUCUCCCCUACAUGGACUUGUUUUGAAGGUUUCACUGAGUGUUCAGGGAAGUACCAUAUGAUAUAUAACAUUUGGAAAAUGCUUACCUUUGUAAUGAUAUGAUGUGCUUUAUAAAGUUAUGGAAAUUACUUGUUGAUAGAACUUUAUUGUUUGAUCUUACAAAGUGCCAUUCACAAUCAAUUAUAUUUAUCAUAUAAAGCAGCAUAAGGGGAUCUAAAAACAGCCUUGUUAUUGUACAGUGUUAUUGUAAUGCAAACAGUGCCAUCUAGUGGCGAAACUGCUGGCAUUUGACAGUUAAAGACAGACCAUGCAGUUUCAUAGGAGGGAGGCAUAGGGAGGCACAUCACUUUGCUUACAGAUGUAAAGGCUGCAUCUGAGGAAAGAUAAAACCCCUCAGGUUCAUAAUCUGAACUCGAUCUGAUAAUUGAUGCCAUUGAUGCAGAAACUUUUAAAUGUGUCUUGAAUCCCAAUGUUUUGAUUUCACAUGACCAUAAAAAAUGUGUAGAAUUUGGGUUGUAAUGGGGUAAAAAA